AUUCCAAUUUAAAAAGUAAGGAAGACGACAUUCAACCUAGUCACACAACCACAGUCAAUUUUCAAAGUUUCGAUUUCUCGCAAAAUAUUUUAUUCAGGGAUUUUUUUUUAUUAUCUUUGAAAGUGAAAACAUUGGCUCUUUUGUUACCACCAUAAGUGAAUAUCUUUCUAUCUUACACAAGUAAAAUAAGCAAAUUAGUCUACCGCAUAAAUAUUGUGCAGCAUUUGUGACAAAAUAACCAAUUUGGAAAGUUAUUAAAUUGAUUAGUAAUAUUUCUUGAAUUCAAAAGAACAUUUUCCUAACGAAAUGGACUAUCCAGAUCCAGAUGCCGGUUAUGUGGAUGAAGAUGAAGAAGAGAUACCAAUGGCUGAGAGGGAAUUGGCCGAAGAUGCUGAAUGGAAGCUUAUUCAAAAAAAUACUUUCACUAGAUGGGCAAAUGAACAUCUUAAACCUAAAAAUGUUUCCGUAGAUGAUCUUCAAUUUGAUUUAGCUGAUGGUCUUCGUUUGAUUGCAUUGGUUGAGUCGUUAUCUGGACAACAAUUUAAACAUGUGAAUAGAAAACCAAGUUUUCGUACCCAGAAAUUAGAAAAUGUUACAAUGGUUUUAAGAUUUCUUGAAGAGAAUGAAGGUCUUCGACUAGUGAAUAUAGAUAGUUCAGAUAUUGUUGAUUGUCGUAGUAAGCUUAUUCUUGGUUUAAUCUGGACUCUUAUUUUGCAUUAUUCAAUAACAAUUCCACUUUGGGAAGGUGAACCUGAUUUUGGAGCUCAAGGCCCAACACCAAAACAACGUCUCUUAUCUUGGUUAAAUAAUAAAUUAGCUGAUCGACCAGUUAAAAAUUUCACAACAGAUUGGAAUGAUGGUAUUGCAAUCGGUGCACUAGUUGAUGCAUGUGCACCAGGUUUAUGCCCUGAUUGGCGAGAAUGGGAACCGAAACAAAAUCUUCGUAAUGCUCGUGAAGCAAUGGGUGCAGCUGAACAAUGGUUAGAUGUUCCACAAUUAAUACGUCCAGAAGAGAUGACUAAUCCUAGAGUUGAUGAAAAAGCUAUGAUGACAUAUUUAAGUCAAUUUCCUAGUGCUAAACUAAAAGAUGGUGCACCUUUAAGACCAAAAUCAAAUCCUGGCCUUGUUCGGGCUUAUGGUCCUGGUCUCGAACCACAUGGAAAUACUGUUGGAAAUCCUGCACGGUUCACUAUUGAUACAUUCAGUGCUGGUCGGGGUGCUGUUGAAGUGAUUGUGCUGAAUCCUAAAGGACAAAGAGAACCAUGUGAUGUACUCAGUAAUAACGAUAAACAACAAACUUAUUCUUGCGCCUAUGUUCCAACACAAGAAGGUGAAUACAGGGUUAUCAUUAAAUUUGCCACCAAAGAAAUUUUAAAUUCACCAUUUAAAGUUAUGGUAGAGGGUGCACAAGGUGAUGGAAGUAAAGCAACUGCAUCUGGUCCAGGAAUUGAACCAACUGGGAAUCAAGUUGGUCGACGAACAUUCUUCAAUAUAUUCACUGCCGCUGCUGGACCUGGAAAUGCGGAUUGUGUAAUUCUAGAUCCUCAUGGUCGUCGUGAUUCGAUUAAACCUUUGAUAACUCGUCAAGGUGAAGAUAAUUAUCUUGUGGAAUAUACACCAAAAGAUGAAGGUCUUCAUUCAGUUAACGUAUUUUAUGCUGGUCAACAAAUAUCUAAUUCACCAUUUGGUGUGAUGGUUGGUCCACGACCACCACCAGUAGUACAAUCUCCUGCACCUAUAGUUAAUCAAGAAGCUCCGUUGCAAGCAACACAGGCACCUAGAAAAAUGUCUCAACCACAACGACCAGCCUGUGAUCCAAAACAAGCUUAUGCCACAGGUCGAGGAAUUCAACCUCAAGGUAUACGGGUCAAAGAUUUGGCUGAUUUCAAAGUACAUACAGAAGAUGCUGGUGAAGGUCCACUGGAAGUGUCUGUAAUUGCUCCAGAUGGUAGAGGAAUUCCUUGCACAAGUCGAAAAACUGGUGCCUAUUUGUUCGAUUGCAGCUAUACACCACAAAGACCAGGUACACAUCAAGUUAAUGUUCGAUAUGGUGGAGAUCAUAUUAUGCUAAGUCCAUUCACGGUGGAAGUUGCUCCUUACAAAGAAUCACGUAUAAGAGCAUUUGGUCCAGGUCUCGUUGGUGGUGUUGUCAAUAAACCAGCUGUUUUCGUCGUGGAAACGAAUGGUGAAACUGGAGCUCUAGGUUUUUCAAUCGAAGGUCCAAGUGAAGCAAGAAUUGAUUGUACAGAUAAUGGAGAUGGAUCAGCCACUGUAGCUUAUUGGCCAACAGCUCCUGGUGAAUAUGCAGUUCACAUUUUAUGCAAUGAUGAAAAUAUACCAAAAUCUCCCUUCAUGGUUCCGAUUGAACCAGAUAUGGGUAAAUGUGAUCCUGAAAGAGUUAAAGCACAUGGACCAGGUAUAAUGCCAACUGGGAACGUCGCUGGUCAACCAACUGAAUUUACAGUAGAUAUUAGAGAUUCUGGUGGUCCUGCCCCAUUAACAGUUGAAUGCAGAGACAAUGAAGGUGAACCAGUUGCAUUGAAAGUUCGUGAUAAUGGCGAUGGUACUUAUACAUGUAGCUAUACACCUAAAGUUCCCAAAAAACACACAGUUCUUGUUUCCUACGGUGGAGUCAAUAUACCUAGAAGUCCUUUCAGAGUUGAAGUAGCUGAACCUAGUAAUCCAGGAAAAGUACGCGUUUUUGGUCCAGGUGUAGAAAAUGUUACUAGAGGUCAACCAACCUAUUUCACAGUAGAUUGUAAACAGGCUGGACAUGGUAAUGUUGGGAUCAGUGUCACCGAUGAAGCUGGACGUGAUGUUGCUAUGGAUACACAGGAUAUGAGAGAUGGAACAUUUAAAGUUGCUUAUACAGCUAAUACACCAGGACCAUAUUAUACUGUACAAGUAUUUUUCAAUAAUCAAGAAGUUCCACGUAGUCCAUUUAAAGUACCUGUUAAACCAAAUAUCGAUAUGUCGAAAAUUCAUGUUGAAAAUCUUGAACCAAAUAUCACUACUGGUGUACCAACGGAGUUUGAUGUAAUAACGGCAGGUGCAGGCCCACCAAAUAAUAGUAAACCGAAACCAACUGUAACAGUAAAAUCUCCAAACGGUAUGCGUGUACCAUGCACUAUAGCUGAAAGCGUAGAUGGAUAUACACCUUCCUUUACACCAACUGUUGUUGGGCCUCAUACUGUUGCUGUUGAAGUUGGAGGUGUACCAGUCAAAGGUAGUCCAUUUCGUACAAACGCUAUUCCACCUGCUGCAGUACAGGAGCCUAUCUAUCCAAAAGAUUUUGGACGUCAGCAGGCUACUUCAACACCUAUUUCUGGACCUGAAGCAGCAGCUUUGGUCCGCGCUUAUGGUGACGGACUUUAUCGUGCAACAGCUGGAAAGCAGGCGAAAUUCACAAUCGAUAGUCAAGAUGCUCCACCUGCUCCACUAAGCGUCACAAUUGAAGGACCUGCAGAAGCUAAAAUAAAUUAUAAUGAUAACGGCGAUGGAACAUGUGGCGUAGAUUAUUUACCAACUGAACCAGGACCAUAUAUUGUAAAUGUUUUAUACAAAGAUACACAUAUUAAAGGAAGUCCAUUCCCUGUAAGAGUAGCUCCACUUGGAAGAGAACAUAUCGAUGUAUCCCGAGUACAUGCCUACGGUCCUGGAUUACAGCCAACUGGUGUUUUCAAAGAAUCAUUUGCUAAAUUCACAGUUGAUGCUAAAGCAGUUGAUCCACAAAGUAGAGGAAUAGUUAAAGCUAUUGUGGUUAGUCCAAAUAAACAAAGAACAGCAUGCUUAAUACAAAAUAAUGGCGAUGGAACAUACAAAUGCAGUUAUUCUCCAAUAGAUGAUGGCUUACAUCACGUUGAGGUUACCUAUGAUGGUGCACCAGUACCUGGUAGUCCCUUCCCAGUAAAUGUUGCUCCUGGAUGUGAUCCAACAAGAGUAAGAGCUUACGGUCCAGGCUUAGAAGGAGGGUUCACUCAUGAGCCACAAAGAUUUACGGUUGACUUAGAUGGUGCGGGUCAAGGUGCCCUUGGGUUAGCUUUAGAAGGGCCAGCUGACGCUCAAAUACAGUGUCAAGAUAAUAAAGAUGGAACAUGUACAGUGGACUACUUACCAACACGGGCAGGAACAUAUGAUAUCUUCGUUAAAUUUAACGACAUGAAUAUUCCAGGUAGUCCAUUUCAAGUUCCCAUACGAGAUGUGGUUGACCCGACUCGUGUUCGUUGUUAUGGUCCAGGUCUAGAGCCUAGAGGAGCACGAGCCCAACAACCAGCUCAGUUUACUGUUGAUGCUUCACAGGCAGGAGAUGCGCCUAUCCAAGUCGCAACAGUUGAUCGUGUUGGAAGAACAGCACCGGCACAUGUUGUUCCACGGCCAAAUCAACCAGGUGUUUAUGAUGUGACAUAUGUUCCAGAUACUGAUGGUCCAUGUCAAAUUGAAGUUAAACAAGCAGGAAAUCAUGUAGCUCGAUCACCAUUCACGCAACAUGUCUUACCAGCUUUUGAACCACAACGUGUGCGUGUAACAGGUGAAGGCGUACAUCCAACUCGUCCAUUAGGACUUCCAGCUACUCAACCGACUUCUUUCCAAGUAGAUACACGAGAUGCAGGUCUCGGAGACCUAGAAUUAUCAGUAAUGGAUCCUGAUGGUCAACCAUUACAAUUAGAAGUAGUGGAUGUUGGGGAUGGAACAUAUAUAUGUCAUUAUACACCAAUGAUCGUUGGACGCCAUACUGUACGAGUGAAAUAUGGUGGGCAAGAAAUUCCUGAAAGUCCAUUCCUAGUACCAGUUGCACCAUCUGGACGAUCUAAUAUGUGUCGUAUAGAAAAUGGAAAUGAUAGCCGAAUACCUGUUGGUCAAGAAUGUGUUAUCAGUGUGAAUACACAACAAGCUGGUGUUGGACAGUUAACUUGUCGUAUUGUUACACCAUCUGGAGCAACAGCCGAUGUUGAAAUUCAUGAAGCACCAAACGGUCGAGUUAAUAUUUACUAUACACCACCAAUUCGUGGUGAUUAUUUAGUUGAGAUAAGAUUUGGCGGUGAACUUAUACCAAAUGGAAGGUUUAACCAAAAAGCUGUCAGCCCAGAAGAACUAAUGAAUGAUGUAACUGAUCAAAGAGUACAACAUGUAACUGUACAAUCUGUACAGUCUGUCCAGUCUUCAACCGUCACAACAGGAUAUCACCCAGUUGACUUUAAACUACCUGUUGGCCCAACAUUUAGUCAUGUGGAAGGUUUGGUUCGUGCUCCAAGUGGUCGAAUUCUACAUCCGACUUUAUUGGAUAAUGGUGAUGGAACAGUUACAGCACAAUUUCAACCAAAUGAACCUGGACUUCAUGAAUUAGAAAUAACUUAUAAUGGCCAACCAAUACCAGGCAGUCCUUUCAGAUUCUAUGUUGAAGCUGUUGGAUCUGGGAUUGUUACAGCUUAUGGACCAGGAUUAUCUUGUGGUCGUGCUGGAGAACCAGCAAAUUUCACUUUAAUUACGCGCGAUGCUGGAGCAGGCGGAUUGUCACUUUCCGUUGAAGGACCAUCCAAAGCCGAUAUUCAAUGUGAUGAUAAUAAAAAUGGUACUUGUAGUGUAAGCUAUUUACCAUUAGUACCUGGUGAGUAUACAAUAUCGAUUAAAUUCAUGGAGAAUCAUAUACCUGGUUCACCAUUCACAGCACAUAUAGCAGGGGAAUCACGCAGAUUCAAUCAAGUUUGUGUCGGUACUACCAGUGAAAUGCCGUUGCGUAUUACAGAAACAGAUAUUUAUAAUCUUGUUGCAACCGUCCGUAGCCCAUCUGGACAUGAACAACCAUCAACAUUAAAAAGACUGCCAAACGGACAUCUAGGUAUUUCAUUUACACCUCAUGAAAUUGGUGAACAUUUUGUUAAUGUAUUCCGUAAUGGUCGACAUAUUGCUAAUAGUCCAUUUAAAAUUUAUGUUGGUGAAAAUGAAAUUGGUAAUGCAUCUAAAGUUCGUAUUUAUGGUAAUGGAUUAAGAGAAGGUAUGGCAAAUCAAAAUUGUCAAUUCACUGUUGAUACAAGAAAUGCUGGUUACGGUGGCUUGAAUCUAUCAAUUGAAGGACCAAGUAAAGCAGAUAUUGAAUGCCAUGAUAACCAAGAUGGUACAUGUUUAGUUACAUAUCGUCCAACUGAACCUGGAACAUAUAUAAUCAAUGUUAAAUACGCUGAACAACCAGUACCAGGCAGUCCUUUUGUAGUUCAUAUUGGUGGUGAACCAUCACUUAGAAUGAUGGAAAGAAUUACACGACAAAGAGAACUUGCUGAUGCAACAUAUGUAGGCAGUCAAUGUGAAUUAAAUUUGAAAAUUCCAGGAAUAAAUAUUCGUGAUUUAACAGCUAAUGUAACUAGUCCAUCAGGAGUAAGUCAACGAUGUGAUGUCUUAGCUAUGGAUGAUGUGAACUAUACCAUUAAAUUUGUACCACAAGAAAUGGGUGUACAUACUGUUUCAGUACGUCAUCGAGGAUCUCAUAUUUCUGGUAGUCCAUUUCAGUUUACAGUUGGUCCUAUUACAGAAGGUGGAGCGCAUAAAGUACAUGCUACCGGUCAAGGAUUACAAAAUGGUUUAACUUAUUCACUAAAUGAUUUUAGUAUUUAUACUCGUGAAGCCGGUGCAGGUGGUUUAUCAAUUGCUAUUGAAGGACCAAGUAAAGCCGAAAUAAAUUUCGAAGAUAGGAAAGAUGGUUCAUGUGGAGUUUCUUAUCGUGUAACUGAACCAGGUGAAUAUUUAUGCUCUAUUCGCUUCAAUGAUGAUCAUAUACCGAAUUCACCGUUUCGUGUUAUCAUAAAUGAAGCGAUGGAACGAACAUUCUAUACACCUGAAACUAAAUUAUUGAAUAUUACAAGUAUUCAAGAUCGUGGUCUGUCGGUUGGGCGUCCAACAGCAUUCACAGUAAAUUACUCAGGAAUGACAGGUAGAAUGAGAGCAUAUGUAGUAGCUCCAUCUGGAAUACAGUCAGAUGCAUUUGUACACCAAGUGGAUGUUGAUCAACACGCAGUAAGAUUUACACCUCAUGAAAAUGGAGCACAUUUGGUGCAUGUACUAAUGGACGAACGUCCAGUACCUGGAAGUCCAUUCCGUGUAUUGGUUGGACAAGAAGAGAGUGGUCAUGUUACAGCUAGUGGGGAAGGUUUGACUCAUGGACGUGUUGGUGAACGUAAUCGAUUUUUCGUAAACACUGUUCAAGCUGGAAGUGGUGCUUUAUCAGUUACUGUGGAUGGUCCUAGUAAAGUCCAAUUAAAUUGUACUGAACGGUCAGAUGGAUACGAUUUCACUUAUUUGCCAUUAUCGCCUGGUGAAUAUCUUAUCAGUAUUAAAUAUGGUGAUUCACAACAUAUUAUAGGUUCACCAUAUAAAGCAAUUGUGACAGGAGAUGCUGUACACGAAACAAUCACAACUGACACAACACAUGUUGUGGUAGAAACAGGAGGACGUAUGGUUAAUGGACCACAUUCUAAUCUUGGUCCAUCUAGACCGGAUCGUGUUACAUGCUCUGGACCGGGACUUAAACAAGCAUAUCUUAAUGAAGCUAAUACAUUUACAGUUAAUGCAUCACAAGCAGGUCAUGAUGUACUGUAUGUUGGAGUAUCUGGACCAGUUGUAGCCUGUGAAGAAGUCAACAUUAAACAUAUGGGUUAUGGUCAAUAUUCAAUUAGUUAUACUGUACGUGAUCUUGGUCGUCAUUUAAUUAUGAUUAAAUGGGGUGAUCAACAUGUACCAGGCAGUCCAUUCACUGUUGAUGUUAUCUAAUUCAAUGAAAUCUUUUUUUAAAAAAAUCAACUGUAUUACAAUUUGUCCAACCAAUUUUAGUACCAUUCAUGACAAGGCUUAUGAUAAUUACACGCUUAUUAACUAUACUUUUAAAUGACUGAUAAUAGAUAUUCCUUUACAUAUGAAUGUAAUAAUUACAACAAAGUGUUAUCCACAAAUAUAUAGAGGGUGAAUUGUUUAAAACAACAACAACAACAGUAAAGCACCUAGUUUACAAAUGCCUAUAUAAAACUAAUUGCAUUGCUUUAAUCCUUCAUACAUUUCUACCCCUAGGCUUUUUCUGAAAUUUCUUUUCGCAUGACUUUUCUCCUUUUCUUGGACUUUCAAAAUGACGAAAACACACAUUACCAACUGGGAAGGACUCACUAUAGAUAGACAUAUAGUAUUCUUCUUUGUUCCGUUAGUAUUUCGCUUCUGAAAAAUGAAAAAAAAUUGUUUACUAUUAUUUAUAUUGUUAAUAAUCGUCAACUCAACAGAUUUACAUGUUACACUUACAAGUGUACUUCUGAAUUAGCCGAUUGAUGCUUCCUUCAAUUGUUUGUUAUUGUUCAAAGAAUUAAAGCAUAUUCACUAACACACUAUUUAUAUUGUAUUCUAAAUCUAUUCUUUUUCGUCUAUAAACAAUGUUAUCCCGUUAAAAAGUAUCCCCAUUUAUUAUUAUUAUUAUUAUGAUAUAUAAUACGUGUCAUCAAGUUUAAACAAUGUUGUUUGAAUGAAACAAACAAGCAUCAACUACAUAUAUUGGUUCUUCUUUCUUUUAUCUCAAAUACAACACCUUAAUGCCUUACUACUUAUUCCCUAAUUCUAUUAGUGCCUAAUUAUUAUUAUUAUGGCUUUCUUAAUUUCUUAGUAAAUUAUUAUCUAAACAAACCUAAUUUAACUAAAACCCACCUUCCAACUUAAGUUAGUUAAUAAUUUUGUUUGUUUGUUUGCUUUUACUGUUUGAUCCGACCCUAUGGGUUAGAUGAUAACCAAAGACAGUGGUAAAAAGUAUAAUUUAAUUCUUUAUAAUUAUGAAUUUGAAGUAAACUAUCUAUUUGAUUUCUGAUUAUAAUUUUAAUUACCUUAUGUGUUAUUCUUGUUGUUGAUGGAAUGAAAAUUUUCAUAAAAUAUUUCAUUAUUAUUCGAUAGGUAUAUGAAUUUCACUUCAGAUAGGAUUUGUCAGACAUUUGUAAUAGGAACUGUUAUAUCUUGAAUUUAGAUUCUUAGUAUGUCACUUGAUAGUUGAGCACUCGAACGCUAGAACCCUCCAAAGUCGUAAAAUGAGAAGACAGAAGACUAGUAAGUAGGAAUGUUAUUCCAAACAGUGGCAAAUAUAGUACAAAAUCUUAUGUAUUUAUAGUUUUUUUUGGCUGAAAGUAAAUUAUCAUUUCGGACAGCCAAUAUGGACAUAGAGGGUCCUUCUUAUUCACCCAAUAAGGAAGUUACACGUCGACAUUCUGGAGUGUUCCUCUAGCGGUGAUCGGAUGGAAUGUCUUCGGCUCUUUCUGGGCUUCUUGAGUUUGCUAACGACCCAUCCUUACAGGAAGGUAACCUCAGCGUGAUAUAUCUCAAGGUUAGUGUUAGUAAACUAUAUGGAUGUCCUUCGGUGGCUCUGAAACAACAUUGACGAAGUAAGAUCCGCCUACAGCCAGCCAAGAUGCAGUUGAUAUGAAUGUAGGUAGUUCUCUGACUUUAAAUAACAAGAACCUAUACGUUAUCUAUAAAAUUUAUUAAUCAAGAGCCUUUUUGUAUCUAAAUCUGAUUGGUUCGUCAGUAUAGCAUACAUCUGUCCCUGAGAAUCUAUUCGGAAAAUUGCUUGUCUUGAUUACUACUGACUCCGAUAAAUAAAUUAAAUCUAUCGAACAAGUAUUGAUGAGUUUAAAUGUAAAGUCACAUUACUUCAGCUGACAAGGGCAAACUGUAACUAAUUAAGUCCAAGGCGAUAACUGGUCUUUGAUGAAUGAACAUGUUAAAAUGUAGAUUUUGCAGUUCGAUAACUGCAACAAAGUUUCAUUCUUAUGAUUGACAUUAGACACAGAGGAUUAUUUGUCCAGUUUGCCGGUAAAAGACUUAAGCGCAGUUGACAAAGAUGUUUAUUAUAAUUUCCAUAGACGUAUUUCUAAUCAAAGUGACAAUUAGUAAACUCCUUAAGUAUCUCAUCUCGAGACUAACAUCUGAACAUGUAUUAAAGGUUGUCUUUUGAAAUAUCUAUGUUAUGACUAUCAGUAAAAUAACAAGAAACAAUGUAUGAGUAAACUGAUUGGAGCAAACAAAUUACGACUAGAUCUCAACAAGAAAACCUAUUUAAAAAGAUAACUUAUUAUUAACCUGAGGCCUUAAUUCAUAAGCAAUGAGAAUGUUCAAAUCUUAACCUUGAAAAGUAGUAAUCAAUGCAACUAAACACUAAAGAUAUCGACUUAACAGUUUUAUUAAUAAUACGAUGUAACUCAUCUAUCAUGUACAGAAUUAUUUAUUUGAUUUCGAAGCACAUCGAACGAGACCAUAAUUUAUGGAAGACCUUUGAACGAAUCUUGAGAGAUUUCAGUCAAUCACAAUACAGUAUAGAGUAAUAUAUUAUACAAAACCAAAAAUUUAGAGUGGAUACACUUUUUAAACGUAGUUGAAAAACCUCCAGAGGUUAGAAAAAGGCUGUGCAGUUCUAAACUUGUAAUGCAUACGUACAGGAGCUCAUCCAUGUAACUCAAUAAUAGUCGACUUCUGGAGCCAUGAUAAUGUCGAGGACAUUCUUUUAGCGUCCACCAAAUUGCUUCUGUAUUAUUGGUGUGUACUCCCGUGGUGAGGUCUACAAAAUCUCGCUUGUGAGCGAUGAUACGAUACACAUAACUAAGUCUAGAUAGUCAUCGACAUGCUUUCCAGUCAUCCGUUUUUAUUGUGGUACCCGGCUGCACAUACUCUCCUAUAAAUGGUAUAAUCGUUGUAGCCUGUCGGUUUCUCACGUGCUGGAAAUGUCCCUUAUGAGAUGGUCUAUCAUAUGUACCAAAGACCUGUUAAGUAUACUUAAGGAAGUGCUACUUACUCUGUCUUCUUUAACAUUUCUCCUAACGACUAUUUCGUCGAUUUCUAUGAUUCUCCCGAUUCCUCUAAAAGACUGAUGCUUUUCAUUUUCAUUGCACAUAUAUUUUGACGGUACUCAUACCAUUGAACUGCCGAAGCCUUAGUAACAUCCGCAAAGGUUGCAGCCAGUGUUACUGGUUCUUUCGUUAUCGAGUUUACAACAAAGUAUCAUAAUCUAUCUUAGUGUUAAUUGGGAUCGAGUGAAAAAAGUCGCGGUUCUAGAAGACGUUUUCCUCCAAUAUAUAUUACAUCGAGAUACAACAUCGUCACGAUAGUCCGAACAAUGUCCAGCAGUCAUCUGAGCACCACAAUCUCAGUAAUCCCAUUUGUUGUAGCCGCUCAACUAUAACGUCCUCCUUGAAAUCCGCUGUAAACCGAUAGUACGUGAGCAUUGGUUAUUGAAAUAGGUGCUAUGACCUUGAGAUCGCUCACUCGCUUUGAGUUGGCUCGUUCAUAAAUCAUAGUCUCGUCACAACUUUUGGUCUGUAAAGCUCUUGAUGUCGAUUUCAUCUGAAAUUUGUUUCUCUUUUGUAGUUUUAGUUCUCCUAACAGAAAAGUGUACAAUACACUAUGUAUUAGUAGAUUGAUAAAUCUCGACCAGAUAAUCAAGAUACAUCACAUAUACAACUUUCGAAUUGUCUUAUAAUGAUGUGACAAUAAGUAAGGAGAAUAUAUAAAUGAAAUUUAAGUGUGAAUUAACAACAACGAUUGCCAAUUGUACAUUACAUGAAUUUACUCAGAUGAUUUCUUAAUUGACUGAUGUAUAUCUGGAUUACUUCGAUUAUCCAUUGAAUGACAAACUAUAGCUGUAUAGAUUUAUAGAAUGUGUACUCGGAAUUGAGCUAAACAUUUUAGACAAGUUUCAGGAAUAAUACAUGAACCAAAAUCCAUACAAAAUAGCAACCAAUAAAUAUAAUUUAUUUAGCAAGGGUUAAGCUAAUUUAUUGAACUGCGCACCACACAACUACCGAAUAUUAUUUAUUUAAACACAUAAGUGUUGGUACAAACGAGCACCAGAUAUAUAUGCGCCACACAAAUCUCAUUUGACUUGUGUGAACGAUGUGAUACUGACCAUGGUGCCCAAACUGAAGCAGGUGGUUUUCUUAGGAGGUCACACCCGAAGCAUUUGACCCAAAGGUCUGAUCCACAAGGCAGUGAAGCAUCGUGAGGAGAUGCAGUCCCAUGGUAAC